AUGAUAAAAGAACUGAGUGCUGCUGAUGAGGAGUCUGAGCCUCUGUCAAUCGAGAGCUUGUGCACUAGAUGCUUACAGAACGGCACAACGCUUCUUAUGAUAACAAAAAUUUCAUAUUUCAAAGAGGUUGUCGUCUCAUCCUUCAGUUGUCCUCACUGUGGUUAUGAGAAUCGGUCUCUUAUUCCAGCUUCACAAGUUCAAGAUAAGGGACAACGCAUAACAUUCAAAGCUAACAAUGUGAAAGAUGUGAACAGACGUGUUGUUAUACCAGUAGGCUCAACAGUGAGUAUUCCUGAAUAUGAUUCCUCAUUUCCUUUUUCUGAUGGAGUUGUAUCAACAGUUGAAGGAAUUAUAACAGGAUUCAUAGAUAAUCUGAAUAGUUUACAACCUGAAAGAAAGGAAAGUCAACCUGAUUUAGCGUUGAAAAUCGAAAAGUUCAUCGAUCAGUUGCGUACUUUGCUAAAGGUGAACAAGCCAUUCUCAAUUGUUAUAGAUGAUCCAUCAGGAAAUGGAUUCAUUGAAAAUUACUUAGCUCCAAAUGACGACCCGCAAAUUGAAAUUGAAACAUAUGUACGCACUCCAGAACAAAAUGAAUUACUUGGUCUUCAAUCUCAACCAGUUGAAUCAAUGGAUAAUUUAACUGAUCCUAAAACAACCCAAGAAGAAUCAAUUAGUGAGACAUCAAAAAUCGAAAAAGAUGAAGUUAUGUUAUUGAACGUCAACUGUCCAUCAUGUAAUGCUCUUACUGAAAAUAAAAUGAAAGCUGUUGAUAUUCCUCAUUUCAAAGAGGUAAUACUGAUGGCAAUCAACUGCCCAGCAUGUGGUUUUAGGGAUUGUGAAGUUCGAUCCGGUGGUGGAAUUUCACCAAAAGGCAGACAUUACAAACUACGAAUUACAAAUAUAUACGAUUUAUCACGGGAUAUUUUAGUGUCCGAAACUGCAGCUAUUAAACUACCCGAUAUUGAUUUCGAGUCUAUCGGCGGUACUCUUGGUGGAAGAUUUACAACAAUAGAAGGUCUUUUAGUAGCUGUGACCAAACAAUUAGUCAGUACUAAUCCUUUUGUUGUUGGGGAUAGUAGUACUACUGAAGAGACAAGAGGCAAAUUGGGAUCAAUCAUCAAUCAAAUAAAAGAGAUAUCGUCUGGUAAUAGACUCAAUGUACUAUUUGAACUAAAAGAUCCUUCUGGAAAUAGUUAUAUUCAGAAUUUGUAUGCACCUGAUCCAGAUCCAGAACUAGAAAUGAUAGAAUAUGAACGAAAUGAAGAAGAAAAUGAGCUUCUUGGUUUGAAUGAUAUGAAAACUGAAGGCUAUGAAACAACUGACACUUGA